AUGCCGAGACCAUCGCGUGAAUCUUACGGAGACCAAAAACCUCCCUAUUCUUAUAUAUCCUUGACUGCUAUGGCGAUUUGGAGUUCGCCGGAAAAAAUGUUACCACUUAGCGAUAUAUACAAAUUCAUAACGGAUCGAUUUCCAUAUUACCGGAAAAACACGCAGCGCUGGCAAAAUUCACUUCGCCACAAUUUAAGCUUUAACGAUUGUUUUAUUAAGGUGCCGCGUCGGCCAGAUAGACCUGGAAAAGGUGCUUACUGGGCCUUACAUCCGCAAGCUUUUGAUAUGUUUGAAAACGGAAGUUUGUUACGUCGACGGAAGCGAUUUAAACUACACAAAAAUGACAAGGACUUGCUUAAUGAAGAGUUAGCAGCACUUGCGAAUUUAAAUCGGUUCUUCUUCACCACUUGUCCUAACAAUGGCAUAUCGCAAGUGCAGCCAUUUGAUGGAAGCAGCACCGUUUUGAUUAGUGAAUCAAAUGCUCAUAUGUCGCGCAUAGCAAUGGAAGGCUCCCCUCGUCUACAGCAAAAUUGUCGCCCAAACCGUGAUCCCAUAUCUCCAACAUCUUCACAGAUACCAGUUUCAAACUCAGUGCGUUUAAAUGCGAUUGAUAUGACACCUACACCUACACAUACAAAUUCAUCUACAAAUUAUGAUAUGGAAAUCAUUAAUAGCUUGCGCCCUAAACGAUCUUUUACAAUAGAGAGUUUAAUAAUGCCCGAUAAACCUGGGCUAGUCUUUGAGGAUACUAUUAAUGACGAUGGAGAAGACCGAACGGUCAUUGAUGUAGUGGAGUUCGAUAGCUCCUACUGUCAACGUUUGUCCACAGAUAAAUGCCAUUCUACAACUACAACACCCAUUGUCUGUCCUGAACAUCAAACACAGCGAGCACUUCCACCUUUGCAUACUAUUACCGGCGCAGCGCACAUACCAUUCUUGCACUAUGCCGCUGGUACCAACAUGUCAAAUUUUACUUCUGGUAGCAUUCAUACAUCUGGCUCGACGUAUGACCUGGCAUUUCCUCAUCCCCUGCUUAUGAUGGCGGCACCUAUUAGGAAUAUGCAGUCCAGCUAUUACAACAAUAACACAUUGCCAUCACUGCAAGCGUAUCGACCUCCGGAUGUUCAAAGUAGAAUAAAUACUGGUAUGCGAAUAGUAUAA